AUGUUUAAAGUUGAUCCAGAGUUCGCGAUUGCGUAUACAAAGUUAACAGUUACGCUAGUCUGCUCUUGGCCGCCGGGGAGGAAUUCGAGUAAGCGCGACUUGGUGGUAUUUAACGUAAAAUGGUGGAUUUCGUGGCUGCUGGGGAUCUUCCUGGUGGUUCCUCUGAUCUACGCGGCAGUUGUUGAUCGAAAAAAUGUGCUAGAAUUCACGAAAUCUCUUUGCCUGGCGGUUUCUUGUGGGCAGUGCGCGGUCAAGAUGUUCUUCUGCAAGCUUCAGAAUCAGCGAAUUAAGUUUCUUCUUGACGAAAUGGAGGAAUACGUAAAAGUAAGCGUGCCGUCCGAAAGACAAAUUUUCUUAAAUUACAUAAAAAACUGCGGACUAGUCCACGUUGUUCUGAACGUUUGUUCCUUGGUGGCGAGUAUUGGGGUGAUUCUGGGGCCUCUUGUCCUGCCCCAAAGGCUUCCAACGGAAGCCAAGUAUCCUUUUUCCGUGGAGACUCAUCCGAAUUACGAGAUUAUCUACGUCCAUCAAGCCUUUGCGGGGGUUCUCUGCUCCUCGAUCGGGUCCAUCGACUGCCAAAUCGCGAUGCUACUCUGGUACUCGAUCGCCAGGCUGGACAUCUUGAGCCUGGAAAUGGAGAAGAUAACCAGCGUUUGCCAAUUCUACAAGUGCGUUCGCAAGCAUCAGUAUUUAUUGUGGUUUGUCGACGAGACUAUCAAAGCUGGAAGGUGUUUGGUCGCAACUACUGUUAUAAUGACGACUCUGGCUGUAAUUCUGGGAGGCGUUCAUAUUGUCGGGAACGAACCAUUGAUCGCUAAAUUGCAAUUUGUGAUCAUUGUUGGAGGAUUUUCUAUACUACUGUACGUCACUGCUUGGCCCUCGGAAAUUCUCACCAGAAUGUGCGAAAACGUCGGCUGGACAAUUUACAAUUCUCCAUGGCUGAAAAAUUCUAAAGAACUGAACAAAGGAAUAGAGUUCGUUAUACAAAGAUCGAACAAGCCUGCAGUGAUUUCCCUUUCAGGAGUAUUUCCAGCGCUGUCGUUGAACUACUAUGCAACUUUUUUGUCAAAAACAUUUUCUUACUUCACAACUCUUCGUAUUAUAUUGGCUAAAAUGGAAUAA